UUCUAAAUAGAUGAGAUUAACAAUGGUACAGGAGAAUAGACAACAUUUAAAGCUACAACAAUAAAGAGCAAGUGUGCAUGUAUUAGGUGCCUGUGUGUGAGUAAGAUGACAAACAGAAACUCAACAUUCUAGCAGCUCAGAAACUACUGAACUGGUUUUGCUGACACAGCGCCCAGCAGUCUAAGCGAAAGGAAAACACUCUGUAAUUGGUGCAGUGUACUGUUUUGUUGUAGCCGAUCUCCAAAGAAAUCAAAGCACAAAAACCUUAUAAAUCUUCAACAGCAACCUGCCUUGACUUGUUUACGUUUUCAGAUGUCCAAAGCAGAAUACCUCACACUUUUUACAUGACAACUCAGACAAACAAUGAAAGCAAAGAUUUUUUUUUCAUAGUACCAUUAUUAGCUGCAAUGUCUUCAGAAAAGUUAGAAACCAGUUUUAACAAAAUAUCAAGCAGUGAGCCUUUUUACUGGAUUUAGCUACCAAAUUAAGAAUGUACUAUGAAACCUUGGAACAUGUGGCAGCCUUGUAGCCUGUAAAUAAGAGUACUUGGGAAUAUAUUUUUUAAAGCACCCUGUCUCUAAUCAACUUUGUCCUUUAUCCACUGGCUUAAACUCCACCCAUAUCAUUUUCCUUAACACUUCUCAGAAAGCAAAAACUGUGAAGCUGCGGUCUGUAAAUAUAAUGUAUGUUUACAUAGGUGUAAAGCAACUAUGUUUUCAUUGUGCCCUCACUUGCCAGAAGAUGAAGCAGGAAAUCUUAUGCACCAGAAGGCCUAUUCUAUAAUAAGUCCAGGUGAUUGUCUCCGUGUAAAAGAUAAUCAAGCAAACUCACGUGCCAACAGUGUUUUGGAAGACUCAAAAAUGGAGGAGUCGCAUGAAGAAAACUCACUCAUUUCUGGGUAUCUGGAGGUGUUCACUGAAAAAUAUAAGGUGCAGUGGGUGACCUUUGAUAGCAAACAUCUAUCAAUAUAUGACGAUGAAACGGAUAAAUUCACAGAGCUGCUCGUGCUGGUUCCCUUUAUCAUUUCAACUCGACAGGAACAGGGGGAAAAUAAGUUCACAAUCAGGACUACGAAGAGGAGUAUCACUUUUAGAGCCCCCAGCUCGAAUGAAUGGAACAUGUGGGUAGGUGGACUAGAGAACAUUGCAAAAUAUCACAGGAAAUCCAAUCCCCUGGAGCCAGGCCUUAUAAAAAGAAGUGGACAGCUGGGCUUAAAGAAACCCUUUACAAAGGAUUCUGUUUAUGUAGUAGUAACCUAUGAUAAAACAUGGCUGUUUGAGAACAUAGAGGCUUUUGCAGAUGGCGUUGCAAUGCUAUACAUUGAAAUGAACAUAGCGCAAGUAAAGCAGAAAAGGAAAAAAGAGUUCAAAAUAAGAACACCAAACAAGACUUUUGUUUUUGCAGGUGAAUCAGAAAGAGAAGCAUCUCACUGGGUCUGGAUCCUAACAGAAGCUAAGGAAAAUGCUUUAUCCUAUAAUGAGGUGGCAGAGAAAAUUUGGAAAGUCCCAGAAAACUGUUCAUGUGCUGACUGUGGUGACCCUCAACCUAAAUGGGCAUCAGUCAAUCUAGUGUUGGUCAUCUGUGAGAGAUGUGCAGGUCAGCAUCGUGCUUUAGGUGCCACCAUCUCUAAGGUCCGCAGUUUAAAAAUGGACAGAGCCAUCUGGACUGAACCUCUUAUCCAGCUUUUCAUCCAAGUUGGUAACAAGGGAACAAACAACAUUUGGGCACAGCAAGUUCCUCCAAGUGAAAUGAUUUACCCUGGAUCCUUGUCAGAUAAGCGACAGACAUUCAUCAGAGAUAAAUACCUCCAUGGAAAGUACCGGAAGAUUCACAAAUGCUUUGGAGUACAGGAGGAGCUGGAUGAGGCCCUGUGUAAUGCUGUGAUUAGUGAUAACAACAUCUUAGAAACCAUGCAACUGGUAGCCAAUGGAGCACAGGUGACCUGCAACACUGGGGACCCCCAGCAUCCCACUCCAAUUGAUCUAGCUAGAAGGGAGAAUCAAAUGCUUCAGUUGGAGUUCCUCAGACAGAAUGAACAUCAAGACACUCCCGUGCCAGAUAACACUAUUCCUGCACCUGUUUCACCUGUGUCAUCAAAGUCUAACACAUUCAGUCUAGGAAAACAGUCAUCUGAAGAAACUCCUGUGCCAUAUUACACUACUCCUGCACCUGUUUCACCUGUGUCAUCAAAGUCUGACACAUUCAAUCCAGGAAAACAGCCAUCUGAAGAUAUGCCAGUGCCAGAUUAUAUUUCCCCUGCUCUACCAGGACUGAGUCCAUUUGCCUCGCUACUCAACAAAAAGCAUGUAUUUGAAGAUAGACAGUCCUGCAGAAUUAAAAGCAACAUAAUGUAUCUCUUUAAUAACAGAUCACAAAACAACUGUGAUGGUAUAGACCUUGAUCAGGUCGUUUCUCUUGUGGUCAUUCCUCGAGGUGAAGAAGGCACAUUACAGAUAAUUACCAGAAGGCAGAGGCUGAAAUGUGAAGCAAAAAGAAGCAGAGUGGAAAAUCUUGCUCUCAACAUUAUCCAGUAUCUUGCACCAACUCUGACAGUGGAUUUUGAAAUUGAUACAUUUGAGCUUGCCUCCAGAGUGAACUUCACAGAUGAACAUGUGGAGGAGCAGAAAGCAGCAUGGGUGAUCCUCAGGGGUCAGGAACUCUACCUGUAUUCCACUGGCUUCACAGAACGGAUUGUGCUCACCAGCCAUGUUGAUAUCAAUUCUGUCUCAUUUGAACAAGUUCUGAGCAUCCUGAUGCCAACAGUGGGAAGAAUUUGGUAUCUACAGUUUGAGUGGCCACAACAGCUGGAUUUGUGGCAUGCUACUCUAUGCGGCAUUGUAGCAUCUGGCAGAGUGCCCCAUCCAUUGCUCAGUGUAUAUUUAAGACGAAUGUCAGAGACUUCCAGGGAUGCCAAAGAGGAAAGCAUUCCACCAGCAGUGCAGACGUGCUUACAGUUUUUGACACAGUAUGGUCUGAAGGUGAAAGGUAUUUACCGGCUUUGUGGCACUAAAUCCAAAGUUGCUCAGUUGCUGGAUGCUUUGAAGAAGAAUCCGUCAAAGCUGAAUUUGGAAUCUGGGCAGUUCAGUGUACAUGACGUUGCGAGUGCCUUCAAACAAUACUUGUAUAACUUGGAAGACUGUGUGUUCACAAAUCAGUUACUAACCAGCUGGGAACAUAUUGCAGGCUUGCCAGAUUCCCAGAUAAGAAUCCAAUGUUAUCAGAAGCUGCUGGAAAAGAUGACCUCUAGUAGUCGUGCAUUGCUGAAGGCUGUCUUGAGGCACUUCCAUCAUGUUCAUCUCUCCUCUUCUGAAAAUCAGAUGACAGCAGAUACCCUGUCCCUGAUCUUGGCUCCAACAUUGUUACAGGACAAAAUUGAAUACAAUGUCUGUAUGAAGAUUAUCUAUGAUUUUAUAUUCAGCUACAAGCACAUAUUCACUGUUCCUUCAGAAGCACCUCAGUGAAAGAUUGGACUGAAUUUCAGUCAAAUGGAUUCUUAACAUUAUGUGAAUGAUCUCUAAGACUCUGCUGCCUUUGUGGACUUAUCCUCGGUGGAAAACAUUUUGCUGCAAAACUCAAUGGAUGCUGUGAGCUCCCUGUCACUGCUCUAAAAGCAAUGAGUAGGAAUUAAACCUUACCAUCUAAGAAGAACAGUUACUGUCUAGUCAAGAUAUCCAAGAAGAAGUUCCCAUUUUAUAGACAUUUACUACUAAUACAAGUUAAAAAGUAUCAAACUUUAUAAUUAAUAGAAGUCAAGAAGCAUAGACUGCCUCACUGUGUAUUUUAGUGGACAGCUGAAAAGUGUUUUAUCUGUCUAUU